UUCAGUUUUUGUUUGAAAGUUGUCUAUCGUAAAGAACAGUUAGGUGGAAAUUAUGGACUUGGAAGCAGAGAGUGUGACCACUGUGAAGUUGUUCGACAAGUGGUCUCUGCAAGAGGAGAGCGUGAGAUGUCAGGACCUGUCGAUCCAGGACUAUGUCGGCAUCCGCAACAAGUGUCUCCGAUUCCUGCCCCACACUUCAGGCAGAUACCAGGUGAAGAGAUUCAGAAAGGCCUCCUGUCCCAUUGUGGAGCGACUAGUCAACUCACUCAUGAUGCACGGGAGAAACAAUGGAAAGAAAUUGAUGGCCAUGAGGAUCGUGCAACACAUGUUCGAAAUCCUGUAUUUGUACACUGACCAAAACCCAAUCGAUGUCCUCGUAGAUGCAAUCAUCAACGCCGGACCUCGGGAGGACUCGACUAGAAUCGGAAGAGCGGGAACAGUUAGACGACAGGCAGUGGAUGUCUCGCCUCUGAGGAAAGUGAACCAGGCUAUUUACUUCGUCUGCACUGGGGCCAGAGAGGCCGCGUUUAGGAGUGGAAAGACCAUUGCAGAAUGCCUGGCGGAUGAAGUCCUCAAUGCAUCUAAAGGAUCGUCCAAUUCGUAUGCGAUUAAGAAGAAAGAUGAAAUCGAACGAGUAGCCAAGUCCAACCGAUAAUUGAAUAGACUGCCUGUCUAAGUAAACUUAGAGUUGAUAUGUAAAUGUUCUGAGUUAGAAAUUAAUUCAAAACUUGUCGCUCUCUU